AUGGAAUAUUCCAAACCGGACUUAAUAAAUCCAUCUGUUGUGUUGAGGCCCUUGCUACGGGACACUGGAGUCCAGAAAUAUUGUUUCACUACGACGCCCGCUGCUGCCGCUAUAUUCAAUAAACCGGAGCUCAGUGAUGUCGAGUUGCUGGUUAAUGAUGUUACCUUUUUUGGCCACAAAAACAUUUUGUCAGCUGCAAGUGACGUGUUUGCAAGCAUGCUCAGUGGCAACUGGGUGGAAUAUCGGGAGAACAAAACCAUCAUUCUGCGAGAAGAUGCUGACUGCGCCAAACAUUUUCAAAGCUUUUUGUAUUUUAUAUAUUCAGGUAAAGUCAACAUCAACAAUAACAAUGUUGUUCCUCUUUUUUUAUUAGCUGAUAAAUAUAACGUAGGCUCUCUGAUCGAUGAAUGCUCCAAGAUAAUUGAAAUUGGACUUAAAGUUUUUGUUGUGCAUAAAGAUGACUGCUUCUCAAUAUGUCCUAAAAGACUGAAAACUGAAUGUGAGCCAUUUCCAGUCUAUUCAAAUAGCAAAUCUCCAGAUCUUACAUUUGCUGAUGAUGAUGUUUUUAACAAAAGUAACUGUAGUAAUAUUAAUAAUGAAGAAAGUUUUGACAAUUCAAGUCAUUGUAGUAAUUUCAACAUAAAUUCUAUGGCUUGCAAAUCACACAUUGUUCCAAGUGAGACAUUUCCUGUUUCGACCGUUUUAAAAUUACUGGAGUUUUGUCAAACGAAAAAUAUGCAUCAAACAGCUUUGAUCAAUUUAGAAGCAAGAAUAGGUAAUCAAUUAAUCAGGGGGAAAUUUGAAGAUUGUUGGAAUGAUUUGAGCUAUGAUAUAGUUAUAGAAAUGCUGUCAGACAGUCAGUUUUGUUAUGAUGAGUAUAUUUUAUUCAAAGCUGCCAUUUCCUGGUUGAAUGCUGACUCCUGCAGGAAUGAACCUCACAUAAUAGAUACUGUUCUAUCAAAGAUUAGAUAUAGUUUGCUAAAAUCACAGUUUUUAUACAUAGCUUCCAAACAUCCCCUAGUUGAAUCAUCUUCAACUGUCAGCAAGUUAAUAACAGAGACAAUUAAGUAUUUGUAUUUUAAUGAAUGGUUAACAGAAGAAGACAUGAAGAAGUACAUGAAACCAGAAUUUAUGCCUAGAUAUAUGAUUGAACCAUGA